AUGGUGCAGUUUGUUUCUGACAAGACGCGGGCACGUGCCAAGCAAGGGCUCGAUGCUUUGCUUAGUAAACAUCUUCCAGGUUCAGAGAGUGGUGAUGUGAAAAAGGAAGGAGCUGCGGCUAUUGCUCAUGCCAAAAGAGAAAUGAACGUUCUGGGAGCUCAUAGACAGGCUGUUGGCCGAGAACGGGCCAAGGUUGGAAAGAGAAAUAACAAGGCGAUUCGCAAAUCUAAGGCCCUUGAGGAUCGUGUAAACAAAGUUGCGAGACUGCAGGCUGGCGAUUCAAAAGAGGUUGAGGCAGCAGUGGCAGAAAAUGUGCGAAGAAUCAAGUCAUGGGAAAACACAAACUCAAAAGAGAUCAGUGAAUUAGAGUCCAAGAUAAUGCGGAUGCGCAAUACGGAGGCGGCCAGACGGAAGAAGGUCAGACUCAGCAAAGUUAAGAAAGAUCAGUUCCAAAAGAAAAUCAAAAAGGGACUUAUUUCCGUUCCUGGGCUCACGCCCGGUCUGGCGCCUGUUGGAGAGAGCGAUUCGAGUGAUGAGGAAGAUGUCGAUCUGGAUCAAUUACGAGAAAUGGACGAUUACGACGAAUACAAUUAG